AUGGCCUUGUACCAACAGGGCAUCGAGAUUUACGUCGCGCCGCACGCGGAUGACUUGCCGUCAUGGAUAGCGUCAAUGCAGCACAUUGCCAAGGAGGGACGUUGCUUUGUUAUAUCGGUCAACUCGGUGUGCAAGGUGUCAGACUUUCCGUCCGACUACCCGCCGUUCACGGCCGAACACCCUGACCGGCGUCCGGACGGAGGCCAAUGGGAAGCGGAUGACAUUGUUAACCACGGAGGCUCAUGCAUUGUUGGACCGCUGGGGACAUUUCUUGCCGAGCCGGUGUGGGACAAGGAGACCAUCAUCUAUGCCGACCUCAGGAUGACAGACCUCACGGAGUCAAGGCUCGACUUUGACCCAGUCGGCAGUUAUUCCCGGCCCGAUGUCUUGUAA